AUUAGUUGGUUAUAAUCUCAUCUCAUUAGCUGGAACUGAAGCCUGAAGCCAAGCCGAUCGAUCCAUCGUAGCUUUUGACUCCCAUCGCUAUCUGCCGUGCGCAAUCGUUCGGAUCGAAGUUUGUUUGGCAGGCUGCGGUUAAUCCCAUCGGACUCUCGACUCGCUUUAAGCCUAACAAGUCCUAACUCCUCCUAAACAAGUUACCAUAUCUGCUGGUUAAACUGCUUCCAACAAUCCAACUUGUCGAGAUGGAGCAGGCCAGGCGGUAAAACAAACCAGAAAAAUGCAUUAGACGGGUAAGAUUUUAAGCUGCAGAUAAACCUGUUCCUUAGGCCGGGAUAAAUACUGUUCGCUUCGAGGAUUUUCGCCCGCGCCUCCCUGCAUUGCAUCGUCCCCGAGAUCGAUCGCCUCUUCCCGCCGCCGCCGUUAAUCGCAACUUUGCAAGUGUUUCUGGGUCGGGGAAAGCGCGCGCAGAGCUGGACAGUGCAGCCGCCGCGUCCCAUGUCCGUCCCAGCGCCGGGGGCAAGCCCGUCACCGCCAACCGAUCCUCCCAUCGUCCCAUCGCCGCCGGUUGAUCCUCCCGUCGUCCCGUCGCCACCAGUCGAUCCUCCCGUCGUGCCAUCGCCGCCAGUCGAUCCGCCAGUCGUCCCAACACCGCCGACCGAUCCUCCGCCAGUUCCCAGGUGUCCGUGUCCCCUUCCCAACCCACCGCCGGCGCCCGCUGCUGAUCCUACACCGCCGCCUCCGUCCGAUUCUGUUCCACUGCCGCCGCCCGUGAUUCCCACGCCAACACCGUCGCCGCCAGCCGACACUGCUCCGUCGACCCCGCCGCCUGCGCCAUUGCUGCCUCCUCCUGCCACGCCCGUCACUCCCGAGCCGCUGCCGACUCCUCCAUCUACGGACACUCCCGACCCGUCCCCGCCGGCGCCGGUUGUUCCGAUACCCACGCCGCCUGUCGCGCCGGCUGAUCCGAUUCCGCCCCCGCAAACAACCCCUCCGCCUUCGGUGGCGCCAGUGGUUCCAACUCCAACUACCCCGCCUAUAUCUUCUCCCCCUCCUGCCCGGGAGACGCCAGUUGCUCCCUUGCCAUCUUCGCCUCCCCCGCUGCCGCCUGUGAUGCCAGCUUCCCCGCCCGCAGAUUCUGCUCCACCGGUGACGCCGGCUGACCCGUCGCCCCCGGCGCCAUCUGCUCCUCCCCCGCUGACACCUGUGGCCCCGGCUGACCCGCCGCCAUCUGCUGCUCCACCGGCACCUUCAGCUACGCCGGUGACGCCAGCUGCUCCGCCGGCGCCUUCAACACCGCCGGUGACGCCAGCUGCUCCGCCGGCGCCUUCAACUCGGCCGGUGACGCCCGCGGUUCCGCCGGCAGCUUCGACACCGCCGGUGACGCCCGCUGUUCCGCCGGCAGCUUCUACACCGCCGGUGACGCCAGUGACGCCCGCUGCUCCGCCGGUCAUGCCUGCAGUUCCGCCUGCACCUUCAACUCCGCCGGCGACUCCAGCUGCUCCACCGGUACCUUCCACGCUUCCUGUGACGCCUGCAGCUCCACCGGCACCUUCAACUGCGCCGCUGACGCCAGCUGCACCACCGGCAUCUUCUACGCCUCCGGCGACGCCCGCAGCUCCGCCGGCAUCUCCAACCGCGCCGGUCACGCCGCCUGCACCAGUGACGCCAGAACCGUCGGUACCGGUCCCAUCUGCGCCCGUGACACCUGGGCUACCAAUGCCUUCUCCGGCGGCGCCCGCGCCGUCAACUCCUUCACCGGUUCCUCCGAUUACGCCAGCUCUACCAACGCCAUCUCCACCUUCCCCAGAGGCACCAGCAGCGCCAACGCCAACGCCACCUUCUGAUCCGGCGAACCCAGCAGCACCGCCAACGUCAUCGCCUCCGUCGCCGGCGAUGCCAGCACCUCCAAUGCCAUCUCCAGUGGCGCCGGCACCGCCGAUGCCAUCUCCGGUGGGCCCGGCACCACCGACGUCGUCUCCGCCAUCUCCAGUGGGCCCUGCACCACCAACGCCGUCUCCGGUGAACCCGGCACCACCAUUGCCAUCUCCUGUGGGUCCGACACCAUUAGUGCCGUCUCCACCAUCUCCGGUGUUGCCGGCGCCACAAACUUCGUCCCCGCCAUCUCCAGUAUUGCCGGCACCACCAUUGCCGUCUCCUGUGGGGCCGACACCACUAGUGCCAUUGCCGCCCUCUCCAGUGUUGCCGGAACCACCAGCCACGUCCCCGCCAUCUCCAUUGUUGCCGGCGCCACCCGCCACGUCCCCGCCAGCUCCAGUGUUGCCGGUGCCACCUGCCACGUCCCCGCCUGCUCCAGUGUUGCCGGUGCCACCAGCCACGUCACCGCCAUCUCCAGUGUUGCCGACGCCACCAACAUCGUCUCCGCCUUCUCCCGUCAACCCGGCACCGCCAACACUGCUCCCGCCGUUUCCAGCCGUGCCAGCACCACCAAUGCCAUCUCCAAUCAACCCGGCACCGCCAUCUCCGGCGACCCCUGCGCCAGCAACUACACCACCAAUGCCAGCGCCAACACUGCCAUCCCUGCCAACACCAGCCGCCCCCGCGCCAACGACACUACCAAUCCCACCGCUCACCCCGGCUGCUCCAACGACACCGCCAUCGCCCGGUCUUCCACCGGUCACGCCGCCUACGCCAUUCCCAGGCACCGGAGCUCCGUCCAUGCCGUCGCCUUCUCCGCCUUCGACCGCACGGCCAUCCCCUGUCGUCGUCACUCCUGCUCCUCCUGGCGUGACACCGGCGCCCCCGAACGGCCCUCAUGAGGAUCCGCUGGCGGUUUUGCCUCCAUCGCCGUCGCCGUUGCCCGCGCCGUCGCAUCAUUCGAACAAAGCAUUGAUCGGUUUCACCGUGACGGUCUCGUCACUCAUCGUGCUGGGCCUCGUGGCCGGGCUGGUCUACUGCUUCCUCAGGAAGCGCCGGCGCCGCCGCCGACGCCGCCAACGCCCUGCUCCGCGCCCGUCGGGCGAUCCCUACGACCAGAGUCUCCCUGUGACAUCACCGCCGAACCAAUCCUCGCACCAACGCUCCUCGUCCGCGCCAUUAUCAACCAUCCCGCCAACGUACCCAGCGCCGCCGCCGCCACAUCCCGCCGCAUUAUCUUCAUGGCAGAGCACCGGCACCACCACGGCCCACGGGCUCGCCUCGGCCCCGCAGCAGCCGCAUCCUCCGUCGCCUCCGGCGGUGACGGGCGGCACGGUGUCGUACGCGGACCUGUCGGCGGCGACGGGCGGCUUCUCGGACGCCAACCUGCUGGGGCAAGGCGGGUUCGGGCACGUGUACCGCGGCGCGCUGGGGGAGCGGGAGGUGGCCAUCAAGCGGCUCCGGCCCGGCAGCGGGCAGGGCGACCGCGAGUUCCGCGCCGAGGUCGAGAGCAUCGGCCGCGUCCACCACCGCAACCUCGUCUCCCUCGUUGGCUACUGCAUCCACGGCGACCAGCGGCUGCUCGUCUACGAGCACGUCCCCAACAAGACCCUCGAGUUCCACCUCCACGGGAGCGAGGACAUGCCGACGCUGGACUGGGAGCGGCGGUGGAGGAUCGCCGUCGGGUCGGCCAAGGGGCUGGCCUACCUGCACGAGGACUGUCAUCCGAAGAUUAUCCAUCGCGAUAUCAAGGCGGCCAAUAUCCUUCUGGAGGACAAUUUUGAGCCCAAGGUUGCGGACUUUGGGCUGGCCAAGAUCCAACACGGAGAAGACACUCAUGUUUCCACGCGCGUGAUGGGGACUUUCGGGUAUAUGGCGCCUGAGUACACCAACACUGGAAAAAUAACUGAGAGGUCCGAUGUCUUCUCCUUUGGGGUCGUGCUGCUGGAAAUUAUCACCGGGAGGCGACCUGUCCUGUCACCUGAGCCGGACAUCGACGAGACUUUGGCGUUUUGGGCGAGGCCUCUGCUGACAAAAGCCAUCGAGGAGGAUCAAAUCUCGGACGUGCUGAUCGAUCCAAAGCUUGAAGCCAACUACGACGCCCACGAAAUGCAGCGGCUGAUCGCCUGCGCGGCCGCCGCGGUGCGCCACACGGCACGCUCCCGCCCCAGAAUGAGCCAGAUUGUCCGGUACCUGGAGGGCGAGCUGUCCGUGGAGGCCCUGAACGCCGGCGUGGCGCCGGGGCAGAGCGACACGCAGCCGCUCGACGGCACGGCGGAGCAGCUGAGCCGGAUGAGGAAAAUGGCGUUCCUGCGGGACCCCGUCACCGACGACACGCUCGUCAGCGAGGCCACGAGCGAGUACGGGCUGUACGCGUCCAGCUCCAGCGGCGACGGCGACGGCAACGCGGACGUGGCCGGGCGGCACUCCGGCGAGGAGGCCGGCCCGUCGGAGAAGAUGAGCAAGCGCACACGCCCCGGGAAGCCCCCGCUUGCCACGAGCCCGUGACGUGAAGUCGUGAAGCAGAAGUCCGGUUGGCUAUUCGAUUUUGCCUUUGCGUUUUUAGGAUUCGAAUUCAGAGAUUUUUCUUUUCUUUUUUUGGUUCGUAAAGCAGGAUUCUACAGUGAUACUAUACGUGUAGAAAACGUAGUACGGAGUAGUAUGCAAAGUUGAUAGGAAAGUUAUUUUUUGAAGAGUUACCGAGAACAGUGUUCUGCCAUUCGUUUUGGUAGUUUAUACAUGUGUUUUCUUCGUAUUAUGUGUUGAGCACGCGUCUGGACAUUUUGCAUCCACGAGUACGUUUUCAGUUCACUGGAUGAGAUUGUAUCCGAGGAGUUUAAUGAUCUCCUCCCUCCGUUUUAUAAUUCUUCGAAA